CAGAACGCUGAUCAUGGCAUUAAGGGUAUAUCCAUUGUACACAAUCUAAUCAAAUUAAGUUAAAUUUAAUCUAUGAUCUUAGGGACAAUAACGAUUCGAAAUACCGAAGUCAUAAGAAAAUAUUUUAUCACUCUUAUCUUAUCAUAUCACUAUCAACAACGUCCAAUAUUCAUUAUCAGUACAACCGCCAACUUCCCUCCAAAUUCUAAUUUGUUCGAUUUGCUGUUGUUAUCAUAUAAAAUAAAUAAUAAACCGAAAACAAUGUUUUCUGUUCCUUACUCGCCCAGUCUACCGCUACUACAUUUUAUUACUUUCCCAAUAAAAUUCUUUAAACUAUUAUUCAUACAUUCGAGAACUUAUGGUCCCAACGUAAAUUGUACUCGAUGUUUUGUAAAAGUUUGUAAUAGGUACAUGUUAAGUCUUUACCAUUGAGGAAGUAUUUUGUACAGUUCAAUUACACAACUGUUUUAAACAAUGAGUGGUGAUCAAAUUAAAAGUCUCGUUGAUCUGGCGAAUAAAAGACUCAAUAGCAGUGAAGACUUUGAAGAGUUCCAAUCGUUUGUCAGCGAAGUGCUCGAUUUGGACACUAUAUAUGCAUUGAUAGAUGAAAAAAUAGAUCAUGAAGAUGGUCCUAAAGUGUUAGAGUAUGUAUUGGUUGGACUUUCGGUUAAACCUGAUGCUCAAAAAGUUGUUGAAAAAGUUUAUGAAUAUGUAUUAAACGCGAUUAAUACCACAGAAAUACCCGAAAAGUUGAAAGUUCGUUUGAUUGGUCGGUUAUCAUUAGAGUUAAAUAAACUAUCAACAGAGCAAUUAAUUAAAUUUAUAAAUAUGUGUAAAAAAGAUAUCGAAAAUGCAAAUGAAAACUGUAUGCAGAGCUGGAAAGAAUUGAUUCCUCAGAUAUUAAAAAUAGUAUCUGAAGUAAAAUUACUGUCAACUGAAGGAGUAGAAAUGAGUGGUGCUGAAUACAAAGAAAUGAUCAUUACUGAUAUAUGCCGUAACAAGAUGCAAACUAACAUUACAGUAGCACUUGCAUUGAUGUUCGGGAGAACACCAUUAACAGAUAAAGAACAUGAAUUAGUAAUUAAAACUUUAUGUUCAAAUGUUGGUCAAAUGAAACCUCAAGAAAUUCCACCUCUUGUUCAACAAAUAUUACAUUUUUGUUCAAGUGGUGACUUUUUAAAUCUUUUUUGUACACUGCAAAAAUAUUUUGAUGAAAAAUCCCUAGUAGAAGAUGAAUCUAAUGCAUUUGAAAUUGAAGUAACUGAAAAAAAAGACUUGUUAGAAGCAAAGAGUACAGUAUUAUUUCUCCUAGAAGACUUUGCUAAAGUUCAUUCUUCAUUUGUUAGUGAUAUAACUAAAUAUAUUAAAAAUAGUAUUGGUGCUCCAAAUAUGGUUUUUGGACCAUUUAUGUUAUCAUUUUUAUUAACUAUGUCUUGCUGUGGACCUUAUGAAACUAUUGUUAUUGGUUUAAUAAAAAAACUUGUUGUACAAUCACUGUCAGAAGAUGAAAAUAUCAAACGUUCAUUUUGGUUGAAAAUCAAUUAUACAGAUAUUUAUAAUGUUUAUGUACAAUUUCAAGUCUUUAUAAAGAGCGAAAUAUCAAGUUACGAAAAAGUUUUUAAGGGUUUAGUCAAUUUGGGUUUAUCACUUCUUGGAUCAACUUCUUCUGUGUUCAAAAAAAAUGUUGAAAUUACCAACAAAAUUCAUCAACUUGGUUUGUUCAUCAUAGUUUCUUUAGUUCAGAAACGAUCAUUUAUUACUGGAAGUGUUUUGAGAAAAUUAACUGAUUAUAUUACAUCCAACCCAACAUCUAGUCAAUAUCUUGAAUGUUUACAUAAGCUUUGUAAGAAUCAGAAGGUUGCUGUUAUUGAAAAUAAUACUGAACUAUUGAGAUUAUUUAAAGAUAUACCAGUUGGUAUGACAGAUAAAGUAACUUGUGCUGUUAUGCCUGUUCUCAAAAUAUCAACUUAUUUACGAGAUAAUGUUAUUAUGAUUUUACGAAAAGAACUCUUAUCAAAGGAUUAUAAGCUAAGACAUUGUGCAGUUUUAGGAUUCAUUGAAAUUUUAUGCAGUGUACGUGUAAAUAAUUUUAAUGCUUUAAGUCAAAAAACAAACAGUCAAGAUUCUUGGCCUGGACUUUUUACUCAGGUCAUUCUUGAUCGAGAUUCUGUUGAUAUCCAUUCAACUGUUGAUCCUGAGGAUUCUUCAGAUAACAAUAAAACAAUUUGCUUGGAAAUUUUGGACAUACUUAAGAUAUGUUUUUUCCAAAAAUCAGAAAUCAAACAAACACUCUAUCGAGGAUUAGCUAAAGUGACUUCACCCAACAAUGAAUUGUGCGUGUGUAUCAAUAGCUUAUUAUUGGAUCAUCUUAGUAUAUGGUGUAAUAGACGUGUUGCAGACAAUAAACAAUCGUUAAAAUUUGAUAAGUCUAUUGUCCUAGGAAAAGAUAAUAAACAUAUUGUCAAUGAGCCACUGGAAGAGCUGAUUCUUUUGGCUCAGCAUGUAGUAAUUAAGAAUAUGUCGUUUGAAGAUACUGAAGGAUAUAAUAACACAGAUCAAUUAAAAAAAUUACUUGAUGAGCUAGUCAAUUUUUAUUGUGAAUGCAAUACGGAUGAAAUAAAAGUGAAUGAUAGUGAUAGUUUGUUAGAUAUAAUUUCAAAUGUAGCUGAUUAUUCUGAUAUUAUUAAACAAAUUGUUUGUGUAUAUCAAGCAUUUAUUGUGUAUAUAGUUAAUUCAUGGAGUAAUCCUAACCAGGAUAAGGAAUGCUAUGAAAAACUACAAAAGUUAUUUUCUAAAUACAAUCAUAUUGUUGAAGCUGUUUUGGCAUCAGAUAAAACUAAUAAAAAGAAAGACAAAGGAAACAAAAAAAAUAAAACUGAAGUAACAGGUACAUCUAAAUUUACUGAACCUGCAAUACAGUUAGACUUUGAUGUUCUUUACAAGUUUCUUUCUCUACUAGUUGAAGAUGUAGAUUGGAACUCUGAAAGUACUGUUUCACCAUUAAAACAUAACGUGAGACUAUGGGAAUUUGUUUUAAAAUUGGUACAAACGUAUUUGAUUGAAAUAAAGAUAUCAUUAACACGUGAUGUGAAGCCUCUUAAUCUAUAUGAAAACUUGUGUAAAUUGAAUAAAUUGCUUUAUGAUUAUUUUCUGGUUGAUGUUUGUGAAAAAAUGAAAUUCAGCCAAACUAUUGUUGAACUUGGAUUAGAGUGUUAUUUAGAAAUAAUUAAACUAGUCAGUUCAUAUUACAAAAAAAUAAAUAAAUUUUUAUUAGACUCCAAUCAGGGAGAUAUGAGUGAUGAAUUAGAAGAAACAUUUAAUGUACUUCGUAAUAUAAGAUUUCAUUUAGAUAAAGUAUUAGAAAUGAAUCAAGUGGAUACAAUUAAUGAUGAUGAUGAUGAUGAUGAAAAUAAAACUAAAUUUGAAAAAAUUGAAUGUCACCUUAUUAGAUGUGUGUCUGUUAUAUGCCAUUCAGUUAAAAGUAACAAUGAUGCAAAAAUGAAAACUGUAUUAGUUUGGUUAUCUUCUGUAGCUGAAAAGUAUUCAUUUUCAAACUUAAAUAAUUCUAAAGAAUUUGUAACCCUCCUGCUGGAUAUGCAUGCUGCAUACCAAGAAGAUCCUAUAAUGUUAGCUACUUUAGUUAAAAACUUGUGUUCUUCUUUUGGUCAAAUAAGUAAAAGUCAUAAAAUCAAUGAAUCACAGCUGACACCUUUGAGGAUUAUAACAACUUGGAAUAGAGCAUCUAUGUGUCCGGUUUUGUGUCAGCAUUUGUGCAACGAGUUGAAUUAUGUUUUAUUAUGCUUAUCUCGAAUCAAAGCAGAGUUACAAGCAUCUCAAAGGAAAAUUAAAACUAUUUGCCAAGAUCGUCUAAAAGCUAGAGAAAAAGCCAUCUGCCAUCGUAUUGUACUUGUCAUAUUAAUCACAAUUUCAUUUACAAAAGCAGUUAUUCCAUUGGGUCAAUGUACAGAGGCUGUUUUUAAUUUAUUGUAUCAAGUCUAUCAUACUAUUAAUAUAGUUGCGAAACAUUUCUUAGCCCGCUCUACUUACCAGGAACCUGUUUAUAAACAAGCUUUAUUGGGUAAACUAUCCGAAGUUGUCAACAAUCAACUGUCACCUAACGUUUCAAAAUUUAUCAUGUUUGUUGAGCAUGAUAGACCAUUGACAGACAAAGAAAAAAAGUCAACUCAGUUAAAAAAUCAAACUCGUCGCCAAGCCAGCUAUAUUCCUAGAGUAGUUACUGAAUUAGAGUUAUUUGUUAAUCAAAUAACCAAGUUGGGGAAAAAAUGCAAGGAUCAGAAUUUAAUAAAUAAUCUCAAAUUAACUUCGAGCCGUGACUUUAGACUUAAUAUACAGAAAGUUCAAGAUAUGAUUAGCAAACAAAAUGAAUCAGAUGAGAGUGAUGUAGAAACUACAAAUCAUGAUACCUCAAAUGAAUCACAGGAAAAUAAUCAACCCCCCAAGAAAAAACGAAGAUCUGGCUCAAAUGAUAGAUCGGUUGGUUCACCAGUUUAUUGACUUAUAUUUUUGUUUAAAUUUAAAAAACAAUCUGACAAUUCAACAGAAUUAUUUUAAUAUUAAUUUUAA